AUGGCCGACUCCGUCUGGGACCUGCAGAAGGCCAUGCGCUCCUCGUCGCCGCAGAUCACGGGCCGCCGCGAGUCCGAGCCCGGCAUGUCGUCCGGCUUCUCGGACUCCACGACGCCCAAGGCGUUCGACAUUGCUGUGCCCGGCGGGUUCCGGCGCCACCACGUGCAGACGACGCCUAGGCCCGUGGUGUCCAAGGCGCUGCGCGACCAGAUCAUCGACCGCAUCAACGGCGUGUACGACCCCUUCAUCGGCAGCAUUUUGAGCCAGGACAAUGACGAGUACGACGAGAUGAACGUCGAGGAGCGCGCGCGCAGCCUGCUGAUGACGCCGCCGCUGAGGCUGCCCGCGUACCGACGUACGCCGACGGGGAGAGAAAUGGGAACACCUUCAGAGAGGACGGGGCUCAUUAAGACGGAGCCUGCCCCACCGAAGUCGAGGGACAGUGACAAGACGACUACAUUGUGGCACGCGCUGCUGACGCUGCUCAAGUCGUUUGUGGGGACGGGUAUUUUGUUCUUGCCCGAUGGGUUCCGCAGCGGUGGCAUUCUCUUCUCGCCCCUGUGCUUGGCGUUUGUCGCGGCGCUUACACUUUACGCAAUGCUGCGGUUGCUGCAGUGCCGUGAGUUGGUCGGUGGCACGUACGGUCAUGUUGGAUUCAAGGCUUACGGGUCUUGGGGGCGACGCAUGGUGCAGAUCUCCAUCAUCAUGAUGCAGGCUGGCUUCUGCUGCACUUACGUGAUCUUCGUGGCGCAAAACAUGGCGGAGGUGCUCGAUUUCUGGGGGCAUUCUGUGGAUACGUCGAUGCUCAUCCUGCUGCAAAUUGCGGUGUAUAUUCCGCUGUCUUGGAUCCGGUACAUCAGCUACUUCUCCAUUAGCAACCUUAUCGCCGACGUGUUUAUCCUGUACGGACUGGCCUUCAUCCUGGGCAACAGCUUCUGGCUGCUCGCCACGGAGGGCCCCGCGAAGGACGUGCAGCUCUUCAACCAGCAGGAUUACCCCGUGUUCAUCGGUACUUCGAUCUUCACGUUCGAGGGUAUCGGUCUUGUGCUGCCCACUCAGAGCUCGCUGAACCAGUCUCGCCAGAAGCGCUUCCCGCGUUUGCUAUCGUGGACGGUGGUCGGUCUGCUCGUGUUCUACUCGUUCUUCGCCGGCAUCAACUACAUUACGUUUGGUAGCAGUAUUGCUCCUAUGGUCACGUCCAGUCUGCCGCGUAAUGGCUGGUCAAGCUCGGUGCAGUUUGGCUACGCAUUUGCACAGCUCCUCUCGUAUCCUCUGUUCCUCUUCCCUGCCGUGAAGAUCAUGGAGGAGAUGCUGGGCUUCCCGAGGCGCGCUUCCGGCCAAAAGGUUGCCAAAAACUGCUUCCGUGCUGUGGCUGUGCUCGCAACUAUCUGUAUCGCGUACUUCGGCCAAGGUCGUCUCGACCUCUUCGUCUCGAUCGUCGGUGCUUUCUGCUGCGUGCCUCUGAGCUUGGUGUACCCGCCGCUGUUCCACUUGAAGCUGAAUCCGAACGCGUCGUGGAUGGACAAGAUCGUUGAUACGUUCGUGAUCAUCGUGGGCUUGCUCACCUUCUUCUACGUCACGUACUCGAACCUGCAGUCGUGGAGCAAGUAGAUGCGCCCAGGUCGAAGCGAAUGUGCUCAGUAGUGUAGUCUUGCGAUCUCAUUCUCAAAUCACCUUCAUCAACCCAUCAAACAGCAAAUGCUGCCAAGACAAAGCGCACUUAGAUCGCAGCUAGACAGACUGCAACUUCAAAUAGCAAUAGUCUUCAUAAAUUCAUUCUACAACUCAUUC